AAAUUUGAUUUUUUUAGAGAAACAAUAACAACAAUAAUACUGCUAUCUCCAUACGGUCGUUACAUUUUCCCUCCAUCAAUGGCUUCCACAGUUAUCUCUCUCCUCCUCCUCCUCCUCCUCACACUCCACCCACCGCCACUCUCCGCCGCCGCCAACCUCCACCGCACAACAACUCUAUUCACCUCACAGCCCGACCUCGAGCUCACCUCUUCCGCCGCCCCUCCCACCACCUAUUUCGAAGUCACCAAACCAAUCCCCCUCCCCGCCUCCAAACCCUGCUCCCACCUCCUCCUCCAGCACGACUUCGCCGCCACCUACGGCCGCCCUCCGGUCCUCGCCGAUUACACUCCGCCGUCGCACUGCUCCUUCAAAAACUUCUCCAAAAUCGUCCUCGAGUGGACCGCCACGUGCAAGGGCAGGCAAUUCGACCGAAUCUUCGGCGUCUGGAUCGGCGGCGCCGAAGUCCUCCGCAGCUGCACCGCUGAGCCAAAAUCCACCGGAAUUGUCUGGACAGUGAAGAAGGACAUCACAAGGUACUACUCUCUCCUCACCACCAACCAAACCCUAGCUGUUUAUUUGGGGAACAUCGUCGAUUCAACCUACACCGGCGUCUACCACGUCAACAUCACUAUCCAUUUCUACCCCGCCGAUUCAACCGGAUCCGGAUCCGGAUCCGGUCCCGGAUCCGACUUCAUCGCUGAUUUAAUCCUGCCGAUUUCGAGGAAUUUGCCUCUCAACGAUGGAUUGUGGUUUGAAAUCGAGAAUUCGACUCAUGCGGAAUCGAAGAAAUUCAAAAUUCCUUUGAAUACAUACAGAGCUGUGUUGGAGAUUUAUGUAUCCUUCCACGAAAACGAUGAAUUCUGGUAUGGAAAUCCCCCAAAUGAGUUCAUCUCCGCCAAUAACCUCACCGGCAUCCCCGGCAACGGACCGUUCCGCGAGGUCAUCGUGAAAUUAGACGGCUCUGUCGUCGGCGCCGUCUGGCCAUUCACCGUGAUCUACACCGGCGGAGUGAAUCCCCUUCUCUGGCGUCCGAUCACCGGAAUCGGCUCCUUCGAUCUCCCCACCUACGACAUCGAAAUCACCCCUUUUCUAGGGAAAUUACUGGAUAACAAGGCUCACAAUCUCGAAUUCACCGUCACAAACGCCUUAAAUGUUUGGUUCAUCGAUGCGAAUCUCCAUCUAUGGAUCGAUAAGAAAAGCGCUAGAACACACGGGAAGCUCCUGCACCACAGCGACUCCCUCCUCUCCCUCUCCACCUUCUCCAACUCCACCGGCCUCGACGGCGUGUUCGCCACAAACGCCACCCGCACAAUCCUCUCCACCGGCGUCGUGACCUCGUCCCACGGCGACGUCGCCACGACCUCCCACCGAGAGCUCCGGUACACCAACUCAAUGACAAUGUCGAACGACGGGAACGCACAGACGCUCGACCAGGUGACCAAUGUCGACACCAGCGUCGACAUUGAUCACCACCGUGACCCCCCUCCGCCUUCCACGAAGGUGGAGAGGAGGUUCAGCAUCUGGUACGCCUCCGACAAUGCCGACAACGGGGACGGGAGCUAUGAGUCGGUGUCGAACGUGACGCUGGGGUUGGAGGAGAUCGUGCAGAGGGGCGGGGAGACGAGGAGGGUGAGGAACGUGCAGGGGGCGGAGGGGUCGAUGUUGGUGAAGGGGAACUUGGUGGUGAGGGGAUUGGGGAGUACUCAGCAGGAGUAUGGGUAUACGAGUGAUGAAUGGUGCUAUUUUAGGAAUGUGAGUAGCUCCAACUACACUAUUCUUCAUGAUGAAGUUAGCCGUGACUGUGUGUAUCAUCGUUGCUCGGAUUAUCUCGCCAGGAGGAGCUUUCUUGGAUCUAUAUGUGGUGGUGUGAAGAAAGGGCUUCUUUGAAUCUGAUUGCUUGCGGUUCUUGUGAUUUAUGUGUUGGGGCUUUUAAAUGUAAAUAAUGAGUGACUCGAACCUCAGUUAAGAGUCCGACUUAUAUGUAUAUUAAAUAAAGUGGAAGCCCAUAACCAUAGUCCAUAAA